AUGUCUCUGACGGGAGGUCCUUGGAACCUUCAAGAGGCAAUCACAGAGCAGCAGACAGUCACCCAUAGAGCAGGACAACAAUUGACUUUUGAUGUCCAGAGACUACAGGAUUUAAGCGGCGUCUCUACCCGAUCGCGUGAAGCAACGGGCGAUGACGCUGCCACCUGCUGGCUACGGGUUAUGGCGGGGACGACGGUAAUUGGGACAUCACGAUUUCUCAAGCUCUGCUUUCAUGGGCUGGGCGACUUGAAAGCCGCAUCACAGACGUUUUUGAAGCUUGGCCUACGAUGUACAACACAGGUCAAGCCGAUAGGCCGGACGUCAUCACACCCAGCUCUCGCAACAUCAUCGCAUCAGCAUCAGCAAUGGGCGAAUACGGGACCCGCUAACGUUGUCGCACGGGCACAAUCUUACCAGGUGGGAUAUCAGCCGGAGUUUCUGAACAUGGCGGGAUAUGCAGCCCCACAAGCAUGGGACCCAGGCUCUUUGGAGAGCCGGUUUCAGUCUUCACCCGUGAAUGCGUUGAAACGGCGCGCCAGCCUAAGCCUAUCAUCUCAGGCUGGGCUGCGGAGCAGGCUACGAAGAGAGUCCUCUUCCUUUGAGUCAACUGAUGCCACAAUUCGUCGAUCUGAAGCUGUGUCUCAAAGCCAGUCGCCCUUUUCCACCCAGCCUGAGGCCAUGCACCAUUCGCAACCAGCGGCAUAUAUGACCUCGGCGGCUGCUGUGUCAAAGCCCCCGCCGAGAAGAGAGCUGCCACAGUCCAUCACUAGGCAUAUUUCGCUAACCCCAAGCCAAACUGAAAUAUCGUACAUCAGCCUUGUGGGCGGCUACCCUACGCAGGUGACAGCCAUGGGAAAAUUGGCGGGUGACGGGUCUCUGAUGCACCACCCGGUCGCGAGCGGCAGCACGCUGGCGCCACUGGCCAAGCGCGUCAUUCUGCAGUCAUCGACGUAUCAGUGGAUGUGGGACCGGAUCGGACGAGUGGAGCAGACGGUUUAG